AUGACAACGACGGAGCAUAAGGGCGCUGUACCUGCAGCGGUAGCUCCGCGCAAGGAUCCUGUGCGGACGGCCAACUACCUCCUCUACGGUGCUAUCGCUGGCAUUUGCUCCAAGACUGCCACCGCACCACUAGAGCGGCUUCGCAUCUUGCAAAUGGUGGAGCACCUCCAUGGUGGCGAGGGUCGCUAUCAGGGCAUUUUACGGCCACUCCUGAUCAUCGCCAGAGAAGAGGGCAUCCGGGGGUAUUGGAAGGGCAACGCGACCAACGUGGUGCGGAUCAUACCCACCUCGGCAGCCCGCUUCUACACGUUUGAGAUCUACAAGACGUUCCUGCGGCGGUUUGUGCGACGGGACCAACUCAACACGGGCGAAGUGUUGCUGGCCUCGGCCUCGGCCGGUACGACGGCGGCGGUGGUGACCUUCCCGAUGGACUUCGUGCGCACCCGGUUGACCGUACAGACCGCCGGCAACACCUACUACCGGGGCGUGACGAAUGCGGUGCUUUCGAUCUACCGGCAAGAGGGCCUGCUCGGGUUCUACAAAGGCGUCACGGCGGCCGUUCUCAACACGGCGCCCUAUAUUGCAAUCAACUUCACGACCUACGAGAAGCUGAAGGAGUACACUCAAGCCGGCGGUGGGUCGCCCGGCACGGUGCUUUCGCUGGCCAUGGGCGCAAUCGCCGGCACGCUGGCCACCACGAUCAGCUACCCGGCCGAUCUGAUCCGGAAGCGGAUCAUCGUGCAGGAGAUGGGCGGCAAGGAGGGCACCUACGGCGGCAUCUCCGACGCCGUCAGAAAGAUCAUGAGGGAGGAGGGACCCAAGGGAUUCUACAGAGGCCUGACGGCGACCUAUCUCAAGGUGGUGCCCUCCACGGCCGUUACGUGGUGGGUCAUCGAACUCUGCAGGUCCCUCUCCACCAACCCAUAA